GUCUCCGAGCAGCAGCAUGCUGGGAAAUGUAGUCCUCAUCCCUGUAUUCUGUUCCCACCGUCUCCGACGCGAAAGAUGCCGGCCGUACACCACAAAUUAUUACUCGAGGAGGCCUUGCAAGACAGUCCGCAGACGCGGUCCUUGCUCAGUGUGUUUGAAGAGGAUGCAGGCACGCUCACUAACUACACGAACCAGCUGCUCCAGUCCAUGCAAAGAGUGUUUGGAGCACAGAAUGAAAUGGCUCUGGCGACAGAACAGCUUUCUAAGCAGCUCUUGGAAUAUGAGAAACAGAAUUUUGCUCUGGCAAAGGGCGACGAAGAGGUGAUCAACACUUUACAGCACUUCACCAAAAGCGUGGAAGAGCUGAACUCUCUGCACGCUGAACUGGCAACUCAGAUUGCAGACAAGAUGGUGUUUCCCAUGGUGCAAUUCAGAGAGAAGGACCUUACAGAGAUCAGCACGUUGAAGGAGAUAUUCGGCAUCGCCAGUGAUGAGCAUGAAGCUGCCAUGGUGAAAUAUAGUCGUUUACCUAAAAAGAGAGAAAAUGAAAAGAUAAAAGCCGAGGUGGUGAGAGAGGUGGCGUAUUGCCGCAGGAAGCAGCAUCAGGCCGCGAUGCAGUAUUAUUGUGCUCUGAACGCGCUGCAGUACAGGAAGAGAGUGGCCAUGCUGGAGCCCAUGCUGGGAUACACACACGCUCAGAUACAUUUCUUUAAGAAGGGGAUGGAGCUGGUGUCGAAGAAGAUGGACAGUUUUCUAAGCUCAGUUUCUAGCAUGAAUCAGAGUAUUGAGUCUCAGUUAGAGGUGGAAGCAGAGGUCAUGCGUUCGUCUCAGAGAGAGCUCCUGUCCGUGGAUGACACUGUCUACAUGCCGGAUCAUGAUCAGGUCCCCGUGAAUCGCGCCCUCAUCCAGAAAGCCGGUUACCUCAACAUCAGGAAUAAGACGGGUCUGGUGACGACGGCGUGGGACCGCUUGUUCUUCUUCACGCAGGGCGGUAACCUGAUGUGUCAGCCGCGGGGCGCGGUGGCAGGUGGGAUGGUCCUGGAUCUAGACAACAGUUCUGUCAUGGCCAUCGAGUGUGAGGACCGCCGCUACUGCUUCCAGAUCACUUCACCCAACGGCAAAACGUCUCUGAUUCUUCAGGCUGAGAGUAAGAAAGAAUAUGAAGAGUGGAUUUGCACCCUCAACAACAUUUCCAGACAAAUUUAUCUAACUGACAAUCCUGAGGCUGUGGCGAUCAGGUUGCAUCAGACGGCCCUCCAGGCUGUGACGCCCAUCACCAGCUUUGAGAAGAGAGCAGAGGGUUCUCCAAACCCUGACCGAGCGAAACCAGGCGGUGUGACCUCUAGAGAGCCUCAGAAACCCCCGACGACCCUAGAGCCUGAAGAUCUGAUUGUCCCAGGAACACCAAUCCAGUUUGACAUUGUGCUGCCUGCGUCUGAGUUCCUGGACCAGAACCGAGCUGGAGCGAGACGCACAAACCCCUUCGGUGAGACGGAGGAUGAUGACGGCGCUUCAGACACACACGAUUCGCUCCUGCAGCAGGUGUUUGCCGUGCGGUUCUUGGGUUCGAUGGCUGUUCGGGCCGGUCACACACAGGAAGUGAUCUAUGAAGCCAUGAGGCAGGUUCUCGCCGCUCGUGCAAUUCACAACAUCUUCAAAACCACCGAAUCCCACCUGAUGGUCACCAGUAGCUGCAUCAGAUUGAUCGAGCCACAGACACAAGUCACCAAAAUCAGUUUCCAGCUGAAGGACGUGACUCAGUUUGCCGCCCAUCAGGAGAACAGCAGGCUGAUGGGCUAUGUCCUGCAGGGGAGCGACUGGAGCGACGGAGGCGAGGAUCAGCCCUCCUUCAGCGUGUUCGUGUUUGAGAGCAACACUGAAGGAGAGAAGAUUUGUUACACAAUAAACCUGGGGAAGGAGAUCUCUGAGGCAAAGAAGGACCCUGAAGCUCUGGCACAGCUGAUGAAGUCGAUGCCCCUGACAAACGAUGGCAAGUUUUUGCUGCUGGAGAGCGAGACGGGAGACGAAGCGGAAGCAGCCGGACCGGACGAGCAGGAGUCAGAGGCCUGAUCUGAACACACACACACACACACACGUUUCCUGCUGCUGUUCUCCUGUCCUCCCCUCACAUCUCCAGACAGACUACAUGCUCAUGAUGAAGGUUAAAGGCUUGCUUUAAUCCAUCAGACACGAGUUUACAAGCUAAAGGAAUAAUUCACCCAAAAAUGAAAAUUCUCACCGUUUCUCCAGUGAAUAACGGCUUGAGAUUUGGUUUGUUCCUCAUGCAAGGGUAUUGCAUGACUCUGAAUAUAGUGCUCGAGUACUACAAACCAAUUUUAUUAUACUUUAAUGGUACGUUUUGGAGUUCAGUAGUGUAAAUUAAUGUUUCAGUUUCUUUGUGUGGGAAAAAAGCAACUCCGUUUUCAUUUUUGGGUAUACUGUCACUUUAAGAAAAGUCUUUUCUUGCAUCGAUUUGUCAUUUAAACUUGAUUACUGUUAAAAUGGUUUAAUAAUGUCAGAUGCCGUUUCAGCUACAAACCAAUUUUUUAAUAAUAGUUGAAUCUGUUGCCUAUAAUACAGGAAGGUUUCAGAUUUCUCACACUACAUAAGCAAACAACCAUGAAACCUGAACAUUUAUUUGCACUUUCUUACUUCAUUGCAUCUGACAUUAAAUGCUGAUUUUCAUAAUCAUUUACAUUCCAUUAAGCUACCAUUAUACUUUAAUUGUGAUGCUGUUUUUAAUUAAGUUUUGCAAAACUGGUAUGAAUCCCAAUUUGCAUACUAGCAACUAUUUAGUAUGCAAGAUUAGCGAAGUUUUGAAAUAUGCAUUCAUGCAUGCUAAUACUGCUUCA